AUGCUUGCGAAUGAAUGCAAAAGCCUAAAGGUUAUCGAUCUGCCAUCUGAUUCUGAGGAACCAGAAUCAAUGGAAUCGGAAACAACGGAAGCAAGAGAAUCCUCUACUGAUUCUGCUACCAGAGAUUUUCCACAAAUUUCCACAUUUCCGAAUUCCGUCGUAUCGUCAACUGGACGGAGGUUUCUUCCAAUAAUGAGAGAAGGUAUGGAUCAGAUGUCCGAACAGUUCCAAUCAGAUGAUGAUGUCUUACUUAAAAAGAAAAUCGCGGUGAUCAUCCAACAGACAGUGCACGAUACUACCAAGAAAGUUACAUCCGUUCAGAAAGUCAAGGAGCGAGUGAGGGAUCAGCCACCAUAUAAAGCUGGAUAUAUAUUGAGUUUAGUGAGAAAGUCAAGGUUGAUGUUGAAUGAUUUAUUUAAUUUAGCAGUGAAGCACAGAGACAACUGGAAAGCUUUGCAGCAGUUGAAGGUAUUCGAGUACAUAGUACACACAAAUGUGGAUACUACGAAUCUGGUUCGGCAACUUGUGGAAGUACAUAUUCAGUACCUGAACAGUACACAGUCUUCUAAGAAGCGAGUAGUAUUACUAUAG